CCUGAAAGAAAAUGAGUUUGAGACCCCUGGUCCACAUUGUUUGUCCUAAAUUAGUAGCACCUCCAUAACCUUGGUCUUCAGUGCACACACACCCUCAGUGUCUGUGACAGGGGUCCCUCUCUCAAUCCCAGAUGCAUCUGUUGUUGUAGGGCAGGGGUCUCCUAACCUGGUCCUCCAGAGCUACUAUCCUACAUGUUUUAGAUGUAGCUCUCUUCCACCACACCUGAUUCAAAUGAUAAGCUGAUCAUCAGGCUCUGCAGAAGCCUGAGAACGACCAUCAGGUUUGCUGGAAGAACAUAUUUGAAGAGAACACCCUGAACUGUCUUGUCUGUUUGGUUUACAGUCAUGUUUAUCCUCUUGUACUAUUCAGUUGAUCUUUGUACUAUUCGCUGUUGUAAGAACGAGCCACUCUGCUUCACAGAACUUACUGCACUUAUACAAGAGGGUAAACAUUACUGUAAACCAGACCGACAAGACAGUUCAGGAUCUUCCCUUCAAAUAUGUUUCUUUGACUUACGCUGUGUAUAUAUAAGUGAAAGCAAUUAUUUAAAUUAAAAUACUGGUGGGAGAUAUGAUGUCAACAGAGACAAGUUGUAAAAGAGUGUGCACCAAUAAUGAAGUUUUAACCCUCAAACAGACCUACAACUAUUUUUAUGGGUGACUUUCAAAUGAUUUUUUUCUCUACAAACUACGUGAUCUUUUGCUUUUUACAUUUUUUGGUGAGAAGCAACAAUUUUAGUACAUUAAAUUUACUGUUAUUCUUAAAAGCUCAAAGUAAAUUGAAUGUUCGCUAUAUUAAACUAGAAAAAACUGAAGAAAAAAUUACUUUUUCAGCAAAACAUAUCAUGGAUCAAAAAUGAAAACACAUGCUUCAGCAACCUCCAUUUGUCAAAUUACAUGGAUAUUAUCGGUGAAUCAUUGUUACAGAACAUAACGGUGUUUCCAUGUUCACUACAGUUUCUAAAUGUCCAAGUAGACACAUCUGAUAUUGCUGAAAAGCUGAGAAACUGCAUUUUCCCUGGAUUAUUUAAAUAUAUUAAGAGAAUUACAGGUUCAAAAGUUAAAAUUUACAUUUUAGAUCAAUAGAUGCUCUUAGUUGGUGCUCAUUUAGGUCUUAAUUCAAGGGUUACAACAUAAAUAUAUAAACAUAAUCACAGUUACCCUUGUGUUUUUUCAGUGCUAUACAGUUGUACCUUAUGCUGCAGCCAGAAAUUCCCACUAAUCAUUCGUCAUGAAGGUCAGAGCUUUGAAACAAAGGAUGAUGAGCAUUUUCUGUUCAAAGUAUGGCAUCAGCUUCCUCAUACUGGUUGGGUUUAUCAUCAGCGUCAGCAUCCUGCUACAUGACAUGGAUCUCCCUGGGUUUCCUGCCGUAAAAACAGCCACCCCAGGAGGUAAAUCACCUCCUGACCUCCAAUCUAACUUCUGCAGCUUCCAACCAUAUUCUGAGGAGGAAUCUCUGGAGAAAGCAGUGGAAGAACGGCACCUUCUCAACUCAGUUACUUGGCCUGAAACUCCUCUGAUUCCAGUUAAUUUUACCCUAAAGCAGACCAGUGAUCCUGCCCACAGCACUUUCACAAUUCUUCCAGGAGGAGGGGAGUGGCGCGUAGGGGAUCACCUGAAGAUUAUCAUUCAAGUGAAGGAUUUUGAAGGCCAUCCAAAGACGUCUGGGGGAGACUUCAUAGUGGCUAGGUUGCACAACCCAAAGCUUGGUGCAGGUGUGGCUGGGCAGGUGGUGGACCUCCUCAAUGGAUCGUACUCUGCUGUGUUCCCUCUACUCUGGAAUGGAAGUGCAGAAGUUGAGGUGACACUGGUUCACUCCAGUGAGGCUGUCACAGUCCUGCGUAGGCUGAACAGAGAGCAGCCAGACAGGAUUUAUUUCCAAAGCGUCUUCCGUUCAGGCUCAGUGUCUGAAACCACAACCUGCAACAUCUGCCUGAGACCAAACAAGCAGCCCAUAUGCAACUACACCGACCUCCACACAGGGGAGCCAUGGUUCUGCUUCAAGCCAAAAAAGCUGAGCUGUGAUGCCAGGAUCAGCCAUUUCAGCGGUAUAUUCAAGGAAAACCUCAGGAAAAAUGAGAAAGAGCUAUUUAAGAGUCAUGUCAACAUGAAAGUCUCCAUUCCAGCUCUAGGUUCUCCCAGUGUCCUGGUAUUGCCAAAAAAGGAAGGUUACAAUGAGAAGAACAACAGUGUUGUAUCACCUGGACCAACUGGCUACUACUACCAGAAUGUGUGGCGUGCUCUAGGUGGCACCACAGUCCACCAGUUCAACAGCUCCUCUGCCAUUACUGAAUGUCUGAAAGGCAAAGUGAUCCACUUGUAUGGAGACUCCACCAUCAGGCAGUGGUUUGACCAUCUCAGGGAUGCACUUCCAGAUCUGAAGGAGUUUAACUUACACAGUUUAAAGCAGCCUGGACCUUUCAUGGCCUUAGAUUAUCCAAACAACAUCAUGGUGACGUUCCGCUGUCAUGGGCCCCCUAUUCGUAUUCUUAAUGUACAAACCAGUCAGCUGCAUUACAUUGCUAAUGAGCUAGAUAAUGUGGUUGGAGGAAGUAAUACUGUUAUAGUUAUUGGCAUCUGGGCUCAUUUUGGCAAUUUUCCUAUUGAUAUUUACAUCCGGCGGCUGCAGACCAUCCGCAGAGCAGUGAUGCACCUGCUGGACAGAGCUCCAGGUACACUGGUCAUCAUCCGCACUGCAAACCUCAAAGAUCUGACACUUCUAGGGAGUUUCUCCAACAGUGACUGGUACUCACUGCAGCAGGACAAGGUGCUCAGGGCAGUAUUCAAAGGAAUCAAUGUCCACCUGGUGGACGCCUGGGAGAUGACCCUGGCCCACCAUCUGCCCCACAACCUCCACCCACAACCUCCUAUUAUAAAAAACAUGAUUAAUGUCGUCUUGUCCUAUAUAUGUCCUAAAAGAGGUGGUUAGAUGUGUUUUCCAGACAGGAGCAUUUAAGAUUGGAGCACAUAAGCAGAGUUUACAUCUUCUGAUGCAUUUUGAUGCAGCAGUCAAAAUGCAAUCACUGCAUGUUUAUAAUCUAUUUUCAACCACAGUUUAAUAAGCAUAGGGAUUUUUUUUGUUUGUUUGUUUGUUUGUUUUUUAAGUAUGAAAUUGACUAAGAGUCAUACUGACUUGGAUAAAAAGUGCAACGUGUUUACUGUAGUUUAACAUUAUAUAGUAUAUCUGAAAUGUAAUUAUUUAAGCACUACUGUAACUGGACAUUUUUACUUCCAAAAAAUCUGUCAGUUCAGAUUAAUGUAUAAGAUGAAUAGAUUUUAUAUUUUCUAUGUCAGGGUAAACAAUAAUGACAAGUCUCUGCAAACUUUGAACAUGUGAACGUUAAGGAAAUCAAAUCACAAAAGUGAUUUACUGUGGUGGAAAAAAGUUUUUGGACACCCCAUGCAUUUGUGAUAUAUUACAUUAAGAAUAACUCAAGUCUGAUAAGUACUGUUCCAUUUUCCAAACUCACAUGCUCCCCUCUGUACUUAUAUGGUUCUAUUGGGGUCAAAACCCAAUGUUUUAGCAAGAUAAUGAAACACAUCCAGGACAUGACAUGUUGAAACUGUCAAGAAUUUAGUUUUGUUAUUUUUUAUUGUUAACAACAAACACAAUAAUUUGCAUUUGUUUGUGUCUGUCUGAU